AUGGUGGGGCCCGGCCCCGGCGGGGGGAGCCCCCUGGAGAACGCGAACCCCCUGAUUUAUCGACGCUCGGGGGAGCGGCCCGUCACGGCGCGCGAAGAGGACGAUGAGCUGCCCGACUCCAUCGACGACCGGGAGAUCUUCGAUCUUAUUCGUUCAAUUAAUGACCCAGAACAUCCCCUUACUUUGGAAGAGCUGAAUGUUGUUGAACAAGUUAGAGUUAACGUGAGUGAUGCUGAAAGCACAGUAGUGGUGGAGUUUACUCCCACAAUUCCUCACUGCAGCAUGGCAACGUUAAUUGGCCUAUCAAUAAAAGUAAAGUUGAUCAGAUCACUACCUGAAAGGUUUAAGGUGGAUGUUCACAUAACACCAGGAACCCAUGCCUCUGAGCAUGCAGUUAAUAAACAACUUGCUGACAAAGAACGAGUAGCAGCUGCUUUGGAGAAUUCUCAUUUGCUGGAAGUGGUGAACCAGUGUUUGUCUGCUCGAUCAUAAUUGCCUGAUGAAGAAAUCUUUGUUUUUCUGGUGUGUUAAGAUAAUCUUAUACAUAAACGGGGUUUCUAGUAUGUAGUUGUAUAUGUUUCUGUGGGCAAAAUAAAGCUACUAAAAUAUAUAUUUUAAAAAAAUGACUGCUCCACUGUUACAAGAGUUAACGUGGAAAUUAACGUAGUAAUGGUGCAGCCAAGAUAGUAAUAAAUUAAGAUGACAGUUUUAUUUUGGAAUAGGGAAUUUAACAUUUAUAAUUUAUAUUUUAAGUCAUCACCUGUAACAGUGUCACUUCUCCUUAGAGAGAAGGAACUCCUAUCUUAAAAUAAAGAUUUGCUUUGACCAGUCA